AUGUCACGAUCGAUCGCGCGCGCGUUCCUACGACGCGCGUCCGCGCGCCGAGCGACGCCCGCGAUCGCGCUCGACCGCGCCGCGCGCUCGACGUCGGCGACCGAGGACGGGGGCGCGACGGCGGUGGCGAAGACCACGGUGGAGCGCGACGGGGGAUCGGCGCGCGAUCGCGUGCGAGAACUCGCCGAACGGCAGAUCCCGACCGAUCUCGCGGGCGUCCUGGACGCGAGCGCGAAGACGUUGGUGCUCACGGAACUCCUGCGGGGGAUGUCGCUGACGCUGAAGUACUUUUUCGAUAAAAAGGUGACGAUCAAUUACCCGUUCGAGAAGGGACCGCUGUCGCCGCGGUUCCGAGGCGAGCACGCGUUGAGGAGGUAUCCGACGGGUGAGGAGCGGUGCAUCGCGUGUAAACUGUGCGAGGCGAUCUGUCCGGCGCAGGCGAUCACGAUCGAGGCGGAAGAGAGAGAGGAUGGGUCGAGAAGAACGACCAAGUACGACAUAGACAUGACAAAGUGCAUCUACUGCGGGUUCUGCCAAGAGGCGUGUCCGGUGGACGCCAUCGUGGAGGGACCGAACUUUGAGUAUGCGACGUAUUCGCACGAGGAAUUACUGUACGACAAGGAGAAGCUGCUCGCGAACGGCGAUCGUUGGGAGAAGGAGAUCGCGAGGAACCUGGAGAGCGAGGCGAUGUAUCGCUAG